AUGUGGCGAUUUCAUGCCCGUCGACGAAGAAGGAACACCGGGCGCUUUUCGGUGCGCCGCCUGCGACUGCCACCGCAGCUUCCACCGCCAGGAGAUGGAUGCUCCAAGAACCUCCGGCGUCGAUAUUACUCUUUCAUCCGCCUCCGCUCUCAUAGGCACAAUAAGCCGGUAGCCACCAGCACAAUGACGACUGUGGAGAUGAGCGGCGAUGAAAUUCUGCAGAAAAAGAGAGAGAAGUCAUGGGAAGGGGAAGGGGCGAGGGCGAGUGGUUUUUUAUUAAUUUUUAUUUUGGAAUUUUUAAUGUUAAUUUACUGUUUUGUCCUGUUGGUACCGUAA